AUGCCAGCUCAUUUGACAAGCAUAACCCUACUCGGCGUGCCAGUCGAGAUAUAUCUCCGCGGCACUCAAUACUGGGCUUCGGCACUGUCACUUAUCUUAGUCACUUUUCUAACAGCUGUUAUAUAUUUGCCAGUUUUCCACAGACUUCAGCUAUCAUCUAGUUUUGAAUAUUUAGAAAUAAGAUUCUCCACUCACACGCGGACAGUGGCAGCCGUUUUGUUCGUAGUGAGUAAACUCAUGCUGCUACCAAUAGUGCCUUAUGUACCACUUUUAGCAUUUAGACUUGUUACUAAUUCACAGGCAAGCCGUAUUACAGCCGUAAUUUGCGUCGCUUGCUCUACAUUAAUAGCCGUGGGAGGUUUGCGAGCUAUAGUCAGUAUUGGCAUAAUUACCACUUUUUUAGCAUUUGCUGGUACAGCAUUGCCAAGCGGCUUGGCAUUGUUGCCAAUGGGCUUCAAAAGAAUGUGGGAAAUCGCUCAUCAUGGAAGUAGAUUAGUUUUUUACGAUCCUGAUCCUGAACUCUCACAUCACACCUCCUUCUUUGUAGUUACAUUAGCUUUGAGCACAAAUUGGCUGUGGAAGAUAGCUCUCAGUCAAUCCUCUCUACAAAAACUUUUAGCAGUUCCCACAAUUAAUAAAGCCAGAAUAUGUUUGGCAAUCUCGUGCGUGGGAAUCAUACUUAUGAAGCUGUUAUCUUGCUUUCUGGGAUUGGUCAUGUAUGCUUGGUUCGCUGGAUGCGAUCCAUUACUCACUGGUCAGAUUAAGAAACAUGAACAGCUGGUACCUCAUUUUCUGAAUAACCUGUCGACGAUGUUUCCAGGAAUAUUUGGUAUUUUUAUCAUAUCUAUCUUUAGUGCAACGGCUGGAUGUAUUGCGUCUAUCAUAAAUUCAAUAUCAGGGGUUGUGUUUGAAGAAUUUAUAAGACCAUGGAUGCCUCAAAGUACUAAUGAACUGGCGUGCUGCAGAAUCAUGAAAUUCCUUUGUAUUUUGGUUGGUUUAUAUUGUAUAUGUGUUGUAUGGCUAGCUCGGGAACUAGACCGACUUCAACACGUAGCUUCAGGGGUAACAGGCGUUACUGCUGGUACUCUAUUAGGUCUCUUCACAUUAGGCAUCGUCUUCUCAAGGGCUAAUUGUUCUGGUGCCUUAAGCGGAUGUCUACUUAGUCUAGUACUCUGUGGCUGGCUGCUUAUUGGCGCCGAGAACGCUUUGGCUACGGGUGCAUUGACCUUUCAGGGGAAGCCCCUCGUUACUAUGGGAUGCGGUAAAGCCAACUUCACACAUCUGGUAAACGUGACAACAAUAUUACCGAACGCUGUCAAGCAACUACCUACAAAGCCACUUCAGUCACUCUUUCGCAUCUCCUUCACUUACUGCCCUUUUGCCGGAGCUGUCGCUGUUCUCCUCAUCGGAGUACCUAUGAGCUAUCUGACUGGGAAAUCGAAGACUGACUCAAUGAAUCCAGAUGUUUUUUGUCCCAUAACCCAAAGUUUUCUACAUAGGCUACCAGAUAGAAGUGCUACAGUUUCUGUGGAACUGAGAGCACCUAACACUCAAGAGGUCUAUAUGGCUUUAGAUGAAGCAUUAAAACAUUUAAAAGAAGUAAUAGAUCGG